AUGUAUGUGCGUGUGAUCAUCAGAGAAGAUCCCCAAACGGCUUCGGUGUAUAUCGCUGAAUACAUCGUCAGCCGCAUCAAAGCAUUCAACCCCACCGAGAACCAGCCCUUUGUUCUGGGGUUGCCAACAGGUAGCAGUCCCGAGAUAAUUUACAAGAUUCUGGUCCAGCGUCACCGUGCUGGAGAGAUCUCCUUCAAGAAUGUCGUGACCUUCAAUAUGGAUGAAUACGUAGGUCUUCCUCGCGACCACCCCGAGUCCUACCAUAGCUUCAUGUAUAAGCACUUCUUCUCCCACGUCGACAUCCCUCCCCAAAACAUCAACAUCCUCGAUGGAAAUGCGCCAGACCCUGUCGCGGAGUGCGCCUCAUUUGAUGCACGUAUUGCGCGCUACGGUGGCAUCGAGCUUUUCCUCGGCGGUGUUGGACCCGACGGUCAUAUCGCCUUCAACGAGCCUGGCUCCUCCCUGAGCAGCCGCACCCGUGUUAAGACCCUAGCCUAUGACACCAUCUUGGCCAACUCGCGCUUCUUUGACAACGACGUGACAAAGGUGCCACGCAUGGCCAUGACCGUUGGAAUUCAGACCAUCAUGGAUGCGCGGGAGGUGGUCAUUGUCGCCACUGGUGCCCACAAGGCGUUUGCGGUACAAAAGGGUCUGGAGGAUGGCGUGAAUCACAUGUGGACUCUCUCUGCGCUCCAGCUGCACCCCCACCCGCUUAUUGUUUGUGACCGUGACGCCACUUUGGAGCUCAAGGUCAAGACGGUCCGCUACUUUGAGUCCAUUGAACAGGCUGGCACCGAUGCUCGUACCCAGGGUCCUGCGCUGGUCUAUCGCCCUCGCACCUACGUUCCUGCCCCCGUGCCCGUCAAGAAACCCUCCACGCUACCGAGUCGGGAUAUCACUCCGCAAAAGGUGCCUAAGGAUCUGCGCAUCAAUACCGAACUUGGUCGAUCCUUGGAGGAUGAUGAGCUGACCCCGGACAGCAUGUCUUCACGUAUGGUUGACUCGGCUAUUGCCGGACUGGAUGGGACCCUGAAGAAUGACCUGAUUUUUGAUCGAAUGGGAGGCAGAAUGACUGCAAUUUAA